AUGUCCAAAUAUUGGCCACUACUCCUAUUGCCGACCAGCAAAUUCUUCCAGGGUGAUGGCGUUGUUUCCAGACAGUCGGGUCAUGUUGUGAAAGAGUCACAGCCGACUCCAGAUGACUGGACGCGAAUGCGCCCGGCGGACUCGGACUACCAGUUCCAGCUGCACAUCGGAGUAAAGCAGGGCAACCUCGCCGGCCUCGAGCAGCGGCUGCUGGAAGUCUCGGAUCCCUCCCAUCCCAGCUAUGGGCGACACCUCUCCGCCGAGCAGGUCAACGCCCUCGUCGCACCGACAGACGAGGCCAUCGCCAAGCUCCACGCCUGGCUGGCCUCCCACGGCAUCGUCCGGGACCAGCUGCGGCACAGCCCGGCCGGGGACUGGAUCCGCGUACCCAACGUCACCGUCGCGCGCGCCGAGGCGCUCCUCCAGACCAGCUACCACGUCUACCGGCGGCGCGACGGCUCCGGUACCGACGUCGUCCGGGCCGAGCACUGGUCGCUGCCGCCAGACCUCCACGGCCUCGUCGACACCAUCCAUCCCACCAGCACCUUCUUCCUCACCACCAGGCGGAAUGCCACGGAGCCGACGAACCCCUUCAAGCGUCCCGGCUCCCUCAACGACUACGCAGAGGACGUCCCCGACGGCCUCGCAAUCCUCAACGGCAUCGACGUCGCCCACCCGCCGUCGGACCUCACCCCGGAGCGCGCCUGCAACGUCACCGCCGUCACACCGCUGUGCCUGCGCGCGCUCUACGGCACCCUCAACUACACCGCCGCCGCCGCCACUCCGCAGGUCCCCGGAGGAAGGAGGAACAGGAUGGCUCUGGUCAACUUUUCCGGCGAGUUCAACAACCGCACCGACGCGCGGCGCUUCCUCGCCACCUACCGGCCGGACGCGGUCGCCGCCGCCGACGACUUUUCCAUCGUCGAGAUUGCCGGCGGGAUCAACCGGCAGGGCCCGUCCACGGCGGCGCAAAUCGCGACCGGCGAUGGUAGAGAGGGCGGGCUGGACGCGCAGGUGCUGCUGGGCGUCGGCCAUCCGACCCCGCUGGUGACCUACACCGUCGGCGGCGAAGGUGGGCAGGUGCCAUGGGUCUCGGGCUCGGCAGAGGUCAACGACAACGAGCCGUUUCUGGUGCUGAUCGACUGGCUGCUCACGCAGCGCGACGAGGACCUGCCGACGGUGCUGAGCAUCUCGUACGCGGACACCGAGCGCACCGUGCCGCCCUCGUACGCCGCGCGCGUGUGCGCCGGCUUCGCACAGCUCGGCGCUCGCGGCGUCAGCGUCAUCUUCGGCUCCGGCGACUGGGGCGUCGGCCGCUCCGGCCAGUGCCUCUCCCGCUCCGGCCAGCGGCCGCGCUUUGCUGCGCGCUUCCCGGACGGAUGCCCGUGGGUGACCUCGGUGGGUGCGACGCGCGGCGUGCGGCCGCAGGUGGUCGCGCAUAAUACGCGCAACGGCUUCGUCAGCGGCGGCGGCCUGAGCGAGCUCUUCCCGCGGCCGGCGUACCAGGAGGACGCGGUGCGGCGGUACCUGGCCGGGCUGGGCGGGCGGCACGCGGACAUGUACAACGGGGAGGGGAGGGCGUACCCGGACGUGGCGGCGAUGGGGUACAGGAUGGUGACGGUGUGGAACGGGGGCGCCAAGAUGGUGGACGGGACGAGCGCGAGCGCGCCGGUGUGGGCGGCGGUGGUGGCGCUGCUGAACGAUGCGAGGAUGGCGGCGGGGAGGGCGCCGCUGGGGUUCUUGAAUCCGUGGAUCUACAAGGUGGCGGGCCCGGGGGGCGGGUUCACGGACGUGGUCAGCGGGAGCACGAGGGGGUGCAACACCUCGGGGUUCCCGGCGACGGAAGGCUGGGACCUGGCCAGCGGGUUCGGCACGCCGUGGUUUCCGAAGCUGUUGGAACUAGCGAUGGGUGAGGCUGAUGAUGCUCCCGGUGGUCCGGUCUCAACGGGGCCGGCCCCAACUUCGGUCCAAAGCACUUCAGUCCCCGAUGAGCCCGCGCUCAAGGAACCGGCAUCCACUACUUCCGUUUUACACGAGCCUACUCCGGGCCAGGCACACCGGCCCUGGUACAUCCCGCCAUGGCUCUGA